CCUGUAUCGGCUUCCACUUUACAGACCCUCGAGCAUCGCAUAAGUUCGCUCAGUUCCUGCUUCAUUCAGCUUCACACUCACUUCAACAAUCUCCGGAUACCACUGGGCACUACUCCGCUACUCGACUCCACUAAACACAUCAGCAAUGGACGCGGACAGACGACUCGUGAAGGCCUUGGAGGCUGCCAACGAUGCUCUUCAGCACCUCUCCAUGUCACCGGACUUCGGAUGCCUCGACUGCACACAUAUCGACCGCUUACUCGCAAGAGUGGUGGACCUGCCGACCGAGGGUAACCAGCGGAACAGCAGGCGGAACCUCUUGGUGAUACGGCAGUGGAUGAUCACAGAGGGACCGGGCGUUGUGCUUCUCGAGGUUCUCGGACAGCUGUACUGGCGGCUAGGCGAGCUCAACGCGAAGCAAUUCGAGAAGUUCAAGACUACACUGCAGACACAGCAGCCAUACCUUUCUCUCAUCCAGGAUGCGGGAGCCGUUACCCUCGUCGUCCAACGAAUUCGACACAUUCAACGGUCUAAAUCAGACGCUUGCCAGGAUUUCCUCUGCGAGCUGUCCGACCUGACUGGCAUGAAAGUCGACUCACCAAUGGCAGAUAUGGACGCCCUGCGGGCCAUUUCCAGUAGCCCUUUCUCUCCUCCCCUAUCAGUGAACUCCUUUGACAGCAACUCUUCACAAGAGACCGGCUUCAUCGGCUUGAUCAAGUACGUCCCGGAUAGCAGCCUUUGGGGCGGGGACAUGGAGCAGCUCCUCCUCGACUUCUACAUCAACGGCGUUUGCCCUGGCCGUACGACCGCAACGCAGUCCAACACCUACCUCUCUCUCAUUUCGGUUGCGAAUACCUGCGAAAGCACAAAAUACGCGCUCCUUAGUCUCAGUGCUUCCUACAUCCAAGAAUACUCGCCUUCAGAAAAGGAGCGGUACCAUCGGGCAGAGCUGUACUACUCCACCCAGGCAGUACAGGCACUAGCACGCCAGAUCAGCAAUGGAGAGAACUACGACGCCGCUCUGGCCACCGCCAUGCUUCUCAUGCACCAUGCAGCUGUGAACAAGGCGGACGAGUCGAGCCUCUGCUGGUCCUGCCAUGCCAAUAUCUUCGACGCCAUCCCGACCGAGUUCGUCAACCAAACUUCCGACGCCGCUCUUUUCAUGCGAACUCAGCUCGUCCUCGCCCGCACCGCUCAAACCUCAUUUUCGCUGCAAAAUAUGCAGCUACACUCCUUAGAAACCCAGAAUUGGUACGAGGGUAUGCCUCCAGGGGAGGCCCAAAAGAUCUGCAGCGUCCUUGGUCUCUCGCCGCAGCUUCUCUUCAUAAUCUCUUCUCUUACUUCGUUGGCGAUCGAAAACAGCCCCAAUAAGAUCAUGUACGCGCAGCUCCAGGAGACGCAGCUACAGAAUCUGCGGCAGUGGACUACAGAGCUUCAGGGUGAGGGUCAGGAAGUCCUGCUUGCUACUGCCGAGGCUUUCAGGCUCGCUGCUCUCAUCUACCUGCGCUCCCGCAUCUAUGGAUUUACGCGUUUCAAUCCAGCCAUUAUGGAGCUCAACGACGCUCUCACCGCGGCCCUGCUCUCCCUCCCCGUAAAAGGCAACCUCUACACCGCCGUCUACCCAGUCUGGCCUCUUUUCGUCGCCGCCGUGACCGCAAACUCCGACAAGCGCGACCGCCUCUACCAACGCGUCGUUCCCAUCCGCGAGGGCGACAAGAACACCCUUCCCGCCGUCCUCAAGCGCGUCUCCGGCAUGCGUGUAUGGCUCGCGAACCAGGAUCCCACACAGCACCGCCGCGAUGGCUGGUGGGAUGAGAUGCUUCUUCCCAGCAGCAGCACCACCGCUCUUCCUGUGAACCGUCUCUUGUGCCUGGGUUGAACGAUCGAGCGACGAACAGCAACUUCCAUCCUGUAUAUACUAGGACCCUCCGUGGCUCAAGUCCGUCCGGCUGACAAGGCCACGACAUGAAACUACGGAGUUGAUAUGGGUGGGCCUCAGUCGCGAUGACAUCUCCGUCUGUGAAACAUCCGACGAGCGGGCCUCACCCUUCCUUUUCUUUCGUCAUAUCCGCUUCCCUUCUAGGGUCUUCUCUCGUCGAGAGUUUCCUUCUGUAUACCCAUAGACUUGCAUUCCGGCAUUGCAUUCACGACGGCAUAUGGGCUCUCCCAAGGCGUCGACGGUUCUCCUGCAUUUACACCUGCUGCAUUUAAGCGCUUGCAAAAGAAUUUCCUUUUUAUCAGCA